AUGAACAGCGGUAAAACGGAGUCAAUUAGCACGCUGAGCGAGCACGAGGAUAAUCUUGACGAAUUCGAGGGAUCAAUUGUCUGGUCUCAAGAAGAGCCGCUUUCUUCGAAUGAGAUUUUAGAAUUAGCUCCGGACAUUGAUAAGCAAAACCGACUGAAAUCGCUAUGUCGUUUAUGCGCAGGAGAAACUUUACACCCUAUCUACAUUUACUCUGAAUUCGGCGAGUCUUUGAGGCUUUUGCACAAAAUAAACACGUGUUUAAGCAUUAAGGUGAAGAAAACUGAUCCUCUUCCCAAACAACUUUGUCCAACGUGUGUUGAAAAGAUUACUUGGUGCAAUGAAUUUGACGUUCAAUGUAUCAAGGCUGAAGAGACUCUUUUUGAAAUUUUGAAGCAGAAACACUCUUUUAGCAAUGCUAAAAAUGAUCCGCAAGAAGAUUCUCACGAAAGUGUUGAUUCCUGUCCAUUGUGCGUUGAAGGACGGAUGAGAGUUUAUAAAGAGAAUAAAGAAACUGGGGAAGAUGUUGAAUUAUACGACAGCGAUAUUGUUCUUGAAAGCAGCGAUGAGGAACAAAUUCCCAAUGAAAUUAAGAUCGACGAAGAACCAGAAAACGAGUCUAUAACUCUGUUUUGCUUGGGCACUAAGCAGAAAUAUUUGAAAUGCGGGGCUUGCAUGAAUUUGUACCACACGAAAGAAACUCUGGACGAACACAAAUGUAAACCUAACUUACAGUGUACUUCCAAACCUUACAAGUGUGACAUUUGUUUUGCAACUUUCACGUUCGAAGAACGAUUGCAGUUCCAUCAACACUUUCACAAAGAUGCAAAAGCAUUGUAUUGCGAAAUAUGCAAGAUUACAUUUGGCAAGGAGUUAAAAUUGUUUUAUCAUUACAAAAGGUAUCAUUGCAAAGAUGGUAGAGUAUCUUGUUUACAAUGUGGAAAGCUAUUUGAAAAUCAAGAAGGAUUGAAAAAGCAUGUAUGUGUGGAUGGUAAGACAAGACCUCACGUGUGCGAAGUCUGCUCUAAAGGGUUCUGCGAUGGAUACACUUUGAAACGUCACGUGGUAACUCACCUUCCGGAAAAGCCAUACAAAUGUCCAGAAUGUUCUAAGAGUUUCACACAGAAAUCAAGAUUGAACAAACAUGUUGCUGGACACAGCAUCAUUUUUGAAAACAAUCAGACUAUUUGGAGAUGUAUUCGUUGCGGCGAAGCCUUCGGGAGUUGCGAACUUGCGGAUGAACACUGCCAAAAACACGAGGAGAAAAUUAGUCUUAUAGAGGAGAUGCAAGUAUUGAAACUGUACCAUUGUGAAUUCUGCAGCAGCCACUUUGCAGACAUGGAUCAUUUGAAAACCCACAGAGAAUCGCAUGUUAUCGAGAAACCGUACUCCUGCAAUCAUUGUAACACUGUAUUCAAAUCUUACGCGGAGGCUGUUCUUCACUGGAAAGAACACCCAAGAAUAUUCAGAGUGUUAGUGGUAUUUUUAUGCGAGAUCUGCGACAGAGACGUUAAAGAACUGUCUCUGCUUUACAAGCACAAACAAAAAAGACAUCAGCCGUUGCCUAGGAGAUCAGAGAAGAGCAAGGAAAAAUUCAUUUGCGAACUCUGUGGAAGUAUUUUCACGAGUAUUGAGGAUUUUCAAGAACACGGAAAAUACAGAUGUUCCAAAUUUCCGUGUGAUAUUUGUGGCAGUCUAUUGCCGACCGCAAAUUCUCUGAACGCUCACAAAAGAAGGCACAGCGGAUUAAGACCAUACGUUUGCAACAUCUGUGGUAAAAGCUACACUCAGUCUAGCCACAUGUGGACCCACAAAAGGUUCCACAUGGGCGUGAAACCUUAUGCCUGCGAAUACUGUGAUCAGAGAUUCACAAUAAAGCCAGAUCUGGCGGAUCACACCAGAAAGAAACAUACAAGGGAAAGGCCAUUCAAAUGUGAUGUUUGCAACAAAGCUUUCCUCACUGGCUCUGUUUUCUACCAGCACAGACUAAUACACAGAGGAGAUCGUAGGUAUAAGUGUCACUACUGCGAGAAGGCGUUCACCAGAACGGAAGCUUUGAAUAACCAUAUAAAGAUUCACACCGGUGAAAAGCCACACGCGUGCGACGUUUGUGGCAGACGCUUCAGACAGAAGGGGGAUAUGAGAAAACACAGGCGAACGCAGCACGUUGCCAAACAAGAUACAAAAUAG